AUGGCCGAACUAGCAAAGACGGCGGCACGCCAAUUGCCCAGCUUCAAGCUGGGCCAGAAGCAGGUCUUCCUGCCGAACCACAUCAUCACCUUCCUCCGAAAAGAGCACCUCCCGCCGAACGAGGCCUGCUUCAAGGUUCCUCUGCGCUUCACCAAGUUCGAUCUUCGAGACUACCUGUGGAAUCUCUACAAUGUCGAGGUCACCAAGGUGCGGUCAUACGUCAAGCAGCAGCCCCUCACACAGCGGAACUCGCACUCGCGCUCGUGGUAUCGCCCGCAGCCCCUGAAGAUCAUGACCGUCGAGCUGGCCAAGCCGUUCCAGUGGCCCGCACUUCCGGAGAACACGGAGUCGUGGAGCAACCAGCUGUGGAAGAUGCGUGAGGAGCUCAUGGACACCCGCAACGAGGAGCACAUCCAGCGACAACGCUUCCAGAUCCCCAUGAAGAGCAAGGAGCCCUUGACGAAGGAGCGGGAGCAGCUGGCGGACCUCGCCAAGAAGAUGCUGUCGGGCGAGGUGAAGUGGUCCAACGAAGUUGAUCUGGACCCCAGGUGGGAGAAGCUGCUGGAGAAGAAGGAUGCGGACCAGGCCAAGCAGGAUGUCAAGGAGGACGCCUAA